AUGUUCACCAAGCAGACUUUGACCGCCUUUGUUGGCGCAUUGGCUCUGGCUUCGGCCAAGACCAUCUCCACGAGUGACGAGUACCCCAGUGCUGCUGAGGUCGCUAGUGCUCAGGCUUCCGUCCUGCCUUACUCUCCCGUUUCCAACGUUAAGGGUCUGGCUUUCAACCGCUUUGCCCAGAUUUGGAUUGAGAACACUGACUACUCAACCGCUGCUGCUGAUGCCAACUUCGCCAAGUUGGCCAAGGAGGGUAUCCUUCUGACCAACUACUUUGCCUUGACUCACCCCUCGGAGCCCAACUACUGUGCCUCCGCCGCUGGUGACAACUUCGGCAUGGACAAUGACGAUUUCCACCAGCUCCCUGCCAACAUCUCCACCCUGGCCGAUCUCUUCGACACCAAGAAGAUCGCUUGGGGUCAGUACCAGGAGGACAUGCCCUACGCCGGCUACCAGGGUUACCGUUACCCUGAGACUGGCGCCAACGAGUACGUGCGCAAGCACGACCCCUUGAUCCUGUUCGACUCCGUCACCAACGACGCUGUCCGUCCUCGCCAGAUCAAGAACUUCACCACCUUCUACGAGGAUCUUGAGCACGAGCGCAUCCCCCAGUACAUGUUCAUCACCCCUAACAUGACCAACGAUGCUCACGACUCCGACAUCACCGUUGCUGGUGACUUCCUGGCCCGCUUCGUGCCUCCUCUUCUCAAGGACGAGUACUUCAGCAAGGAUACCCUCAUCCUGGUCACCUUCGAUGAGACCGACACCUACGCUGACCCCAACCGCGUCUACAGCUUCCUGGUUGGUGGUGCUGUCCCCGAGCACCUCAAGGGUACCACCGAUGAUACCUUCUACACCCACUACAGCAUCAUCGCUUCCCUCUCCGCUAACUGGGGUCUUCCUUCCCUGGGUCGCUGGGACUGUGGUGCUAACCUGCUCAAGCUCGUCGCUGAGAAGACUGGUUACACUAACUGGGAGGUUGACUAUGACAACCUCUACAUCAACGAGACCUACCCCGGUCCUCUCUCUGAUGGCGAUUACUCUACCUACGAGCCCCUCUGGCCCGUCCCUGCUACCUCUGGUAAAUGCUCUGCUGGUCACGGUAUCGCUGAUAUCGUCAAGUCUACCUGGAAGGGCCAGGAGGCUACCUACAACUACACCAGCCCUGUUCCUUACAACAGCCACAGUGGUACCAACGUUGGUGUUAAGUACUGGCGUACUAUCAACGGCAAGAAGGUUGAGCGCUCCACUUAA